UACGUCAGCCGUAUUACGUCGGCUGGGGUCGUGCUUCAAUUUGCAGAAUCACCAUGGCGUUGAGGGAGACUGCGGGACUGUACGAGACGCUGAAAGCCGAGUGGAACAAGAAAAGCCCAAAUCUUAGUAAAUGCGGCGAACUUCUCACUAAACUCAAGGUGUCGUUACUGGAGCUGAACUUUCUACCCACAAGCGACUCCAUGUUCACCAAGCAACAGCUUAUAUUAGCCCGUGAUGUUCUUGAAAUUGGAGCCCUGUGGAGCAUCCUGAAAAAAGACAUCCCCUCAUAUGAGCGAUAUAUGGCCCAGCUCAAGUGCUACUAUUUUGACUACAAGGAGGAGCUACCGGAAGCGGCCUACAUGCACCAGAUUCUGGGACUCAACCUGCUCUUCCUACUGUCACAAAACCGUGUGUCCGAGUUCCACACGGAGCUGGAACGGCUGAGUGCGCGUGACAUUCAGACCAACGUGUACAUCAGGCAUCCCGUGUCCUUAGAACAGUAUUUAAUGGAGGGAAGCUACAACAAAGUGUUCCUGGCCAAAGGCAACAUUCCGGCUGAGAGCUACACCUUCUUCAUUGACAUCCUGCUCGACACAAUUCGCGACGAGAUCGCCGGCUGCAUCGAGAAAGCCUACGAACAGAUUCAGUUCACGGAGGCCACGCGUGUGCUUUUCUUCACGUCGUCCAAAAAGAUGACAGAGUACGCUAAGAAGCGCGGGUGGAGCCUGAACGCCGCCGGCUGCUAUUCGUUCAGUAGUCAGCAACAGCGCACGGAGGAGGUCAGCAUCCCGUCCACGGAGUUGGCGCAGCAGGUCAUAGAGUAUGCCAGGCAGCUCGAGAUGAUUGUGUGACCCCCGCCAAGCUCACGCCAUACAGGAUACACACUUUCCGGUCACAUUAUUAUUGUCUUUUUUUUUUUUGUACCCCCAGACUUGCCCCGGUUUACCAUCUUUCUACAAUCACACACAAUCUCUGUCUUGUAAAAGUCAAACAGAACCAACUCCGUGUUGUAA